GACUAGGAAAUAGGCGGUUUUGUGGUAGGUGCAGUGUAGUAUGAGGCAGCGAUUCGGCAUGGCUGAGAAUGGCCCCGCACGGCAGCCCCGACAGCGGCCCGCUCGCACGGGAUGGCAGUGACCUCGCCGCGCUGUUCCCGUCGCUGAGUGCUGUGGAGCCUCCUCUGCCAGUGCCAUUGCAAUUGCCAUGCCUCCCCAGGAGCUCCUGGAUUACGCGCCCGCCCUGCGGAGACACAGCCCGCCCCGGGGCAGCGGCCCGGAGCUGGGCAUCAAGUGCGUGCUGGUGGGCGAUGGCGCCGUGGGCAAGACCAGCCUGGUGGUCAGCUACACCACCAACGGGUACCCCGACGAGUACCAGCCCACCGCCCUUGACACCUUCUCCGUGCAGGUCCUUGUGGAUGGAGCCCCUGUCCGGAUUCAGCUGUGGGACACUGCUGGACAGGAGGACUUUGACUGUUUGCGUUCUCUUUGUUAUCCUGACACCGACGUCUUCCUUGUCUGCUUCAGUGUGGUAAACCCAAGCUCCUUCCAAAAUAUUACUGAGAAGUGGAUCCCUGAGAUACGAACUCACAACCCCCGGGCACCAGUGCUGCUAGUGGGGACACAGGCAGACUUGCGGGACGAUGUCAAUGUCCUCAUCAGCCUGGAUCGCUACCAUGUGAAGCCUGUGCCCCGGCCUCAGGCAGAAGGUCUAGCUGACAAAAUCCGGGCUGAAGCCUACCUGGAAUGCUCAGCACUGACUCAAAAGAACCUCAAAGAAGUUUUUGACAUGGCCAUUGUCAGUGGUGUUGAGCACAAAGCACGGCAGGAAAAGAAGAUGACUGCCAAAGGCAUCAAGACUCUCUCCAAGUGCCGCUGGAAGAAGUUCUUUUGCUUUGUCUGA